AUGAACUUCUUCCGUUCAUUCUUCCACCGCGCACCCAGUCCCGGCACCAUGGCAGAGAUCUCCCAGAAGGUUCAGCAAAUCAUUGACGACAACGCUGUUGUCGUCUUCUCAAAGUCUUACUGCCCGUACUGCAGACAGACCAAGAAGACCCUGGACGAUCUUAACGCCGUCUACGAGCUCCUCGAGCUUGACCAGAUCCCCGACGGCUCUGACAUCCAGGAUGCCCUCGAGCAGAUCUCUGGCCAGCGCACCGUCCCCAAUGUCUACAUCAAGCAGAAGCACAUUGGCGGCAACUCGGACGUCCAGAGCUUGAAGUCUGGUGGCAAGCUCCAGAACCUGCUCAAGGAGGCGGGUGCAUUGAAGGCUUCCAAGCUAUAG